AGGAACGCUCGAGGGAUAUGGGAUCGCCACAUCGUAUGGAAUCAUGAACGGCAAACGGAUCUUCAUCGCAGUUGUCAUGGCAACUAGUGUUUAUGUCCUAUACGUGAACUGGCUGGUAUCCCAGAAUGCAUCAGCAACAGACCCUCCCAGACAAAGCCCAGUUGACCACUUCCGGAAAUACAUGGAGCGUUCCGAACAUCCUGGCAGAGAAUUAAGCAGCACCACAACAUCCGGGUCUUCCUUGUGGGAGGAACGGAAGCCGGGAAACACAGUUAAGGGUGCUGCGAGGGGGGAGCGUGGAUCGGGGGUCCCUCUGAACCAAAGAAGCCAGGACAGAUGGAUCAUCGUCACAACUAUCUUUCCUCCCACGGAGGAUAUCAAGUACCUGUCCACGCUGCCUGGGUGGACGGUCGUCGUUGUCGGCGACAGGAAAACACCGCGUGACUGGUAUUACCCCAAGUGUGUGUACUUAAGCUUAGAAGACCAGCAAAGUCUCCAUCUGACCACUGUGCACUUCCUCCCAGAGAGUAGCUACGCCAGAAAGAACGCUGGCUAUUUGUAUGCCAUUGCUAAUGGAGCAAAGGUUAUCUAUGAAACUGACGAUGACAACAGACUCACGGACUCACUCAAGAGCUUCAUCCUCAACCCUGUGAUAAAGGGACUCAUGUAUAAUGGCGACGAGGUGUUCAAUCCCUACAGACACUUUGGCCAGCCGUCCCUCUGGCCUCGGGGCUAUCCGUUGAGUUUUGUUGGCAAAAAUGAAAGUAUUCUCUACUUGCUGGGCGAAUGGAAGACUCCCUCUAUCCAACAAGGCACUGUGGACGGAGACCCCGACCUUGACGCCAUAUCUAGACUGAUGCGGAAGAAAACUGUACCCAUAUUGAAUGUGACCUUUGAUGGAAGGGCGCCGCCUGGCGUUGUUCCCGAAGGAGUAUUUUCGCCAUUUAACUCCCAAAACACGUUAUUUCUUUAUGAUGCUUUCUGGGCACUCUUCAUCCCAACAAGUACAAGGUUCCGCGUGUGCGACAUCUGGAGGGGGUACUGGGCUCAGAGACUUCUGUGGGAAACAGGAGGGUCCCUAGCUUUCUUCCCCCCAAACGCGGUCCAGAAACGAAACUCCCACUCCGACUUUGAAGAUGCUGUUGAUGAGAAGGAUCUCUAUUAUAAGACUGAUGCAUUAAUAUCAUUCCUUAAACAGUGGAAAUGUGGAAGGCAUCUAUCCUUCUUUCAGUGCGUCAAUGACCUCUCGGUUUCAAUGGCUGAGGAGGGGUUUUGGAAAGUCUCUGAUGCCGACUUGAUCAAGAGAUGGAUCUACGACUUGAAACAGAUAGGAUACAAAGAACCAUCUAGAGCAACGACUACCUCAAUCAGGCUCAAGAAGACAAAGGUUCAUUUCUGUCCCCAUGAACAGACACCGCCCUUAAAAUUAUCAACUAAUACGGGUCGAGCAUUUGAAUACAGCUAUUUGAACCGGAUGAUGAAAUUCUGCCCCAAUGUGAAAUUUAAUGUUUCUUUUCACACUAUUCAUAACAGCAAAGUGUACUCGAACAUUCUUCUCAUCAUAAGCAUCAGCAACACCACCCUCCACCAUGUACAGGUGUUGGACUUACUGUAUGGCUGGCACUUUCCCAACACUGUGUACUGCGGACAGGACAUGCUCGCAUUUGAAUCCCUCCCUAGUCAACUCGGAUUCCCUGUGACGUUUAUUGAGGUGGAGACUGGGGAGUGUUGUAGGCGACACUGUAUGGCCAGGGCGAUGGAGAUGGGGUACACAGUCGAUGGCUACCUGUACGUGCAGGACGACACGUUACUCAAUGUGUGGUCCGUGGGUUCCCUGCCAGUGGACAAGGUGUGGCAUGGACCCUUGUCGCCAGCUCCACCUGACCAUGGCCCACACACCUCUGAAUUCAGGUCUACAGGUAGCCAGGUCAUCUCUGAGACAAAUGGUGCCGAUCAGCAUCAGACGAACAUAGUCUACAUCCCAUACGUUCUGAAGAAUAAUGUGUUGGAUUUGCUGGUACAAUUUGAGCAGUCCACACUGUUUGAUGGUUCAGUGUUCUCGUCAGUCAUAUACUGGACAAUCAAUGAAGCAGAUCGUGUGCUUCUGAAGGGCAGACACUUGGAUGCCCCCAGUACCAUUGGACUCUUUCAUCAGGGCUACAGCUUCAUGUAUCCGCUUAGGCUUAGAGAAAUGGUUGAAGAGAAAAAAUAUGAAUUUCUGUGCAGGAGAGUUCUACCUCGGAUACUUAAUAAAGAACAGAUAAACUGAUUCUUAAUAACACUCCAGAAAAGAAUACUUUUGG